UAUAACGUUCGCUUUCAACAAAAACGUACAUACAGUCAAAGUCUCUUAAAUGAGAGGACUGGUCCCUCCUGAAGAUCAGUCUUCCAUCAGACUUCCACCAGAUCGAAAGGUUUCUCAUCAUCAUCUCCAUCAAAACUUGAGAGGAUUUUGGGACCAUCUGCCUUUUUCGAGGAGCAGAUUUGUUAACAUAAUUAUUGUGGGAAAGCAAGCAUACAACGCAGGUUUGCUUAAGAUAAUAGUGUGCGUGAUUACAUAAUGAACAUUUAUUUGCUGGAGUCUUGGUCUGGAUAAAGUUUGAGAAAAUAAAUAUCUAAGCAAUAACCAGGAUUUUUGGAAGUGUGAGAGUUUUUAAAGUGUAAUUGGAACUUUUUUCCCAUGAAGAGUGAGUAAAGUUAAGUAACAAAGUGACGAAUAUUGAUACCAUUACGGCGUGAAAAUGGCAAUCCAGUACGUCGAAGCGAGCAAAAUGGAUACGAAUUUUAGGAAAUUGAACUGCAUGUUGUCUCUGUGGUACGGCGUUAUUGCUGGAUCACUCCAAAUCUACCUGAUUGUUCAAAAUGUUUGGAAAUUUGUCCGAUUUGCUGAAUUGCCUUGGCCAAAUCAGCAAACUCCGACGUUGGAAUUGAAUAUUUUCAUUGGAUUAAAUGGCUUUGCCGUCCUCCUGCUCCCAUUCUUUAUCACGGCAUGUUUCCUGAAAAUCGGAAAUUUGGCGAAUGAUAAUGAAAUGUUGGGAAAAAAAUUGAAAUGCAUUGGGACCGGAUCUGGAGGGGGUUUGAAGAGCAGUGGUGAAAAUGGUGGUGGUCCAUUCAUGGCCAUUUGGACACAUUUCGGACCAAUUUCCUCCUUGUUGCACGUCAUCUGUGCAGUGUGCCUCCUCUUCCCUCAAACCUUGGUGGAUGGUGUGCUUAUCAAGAAUGGAUUCCUUCCCACUGAAGAGAUUUGGAAGUCUGACUUGGACUUUCUGAACCCACACGAGCCCGAAGAAGACAUGGUUAUCCGACCCAUCGGUGAGAACGGGAUGUCCGAAUUUGUGAAGCGGGUUUCUCCCCUGACCGCAAAACCGGGCGGGUUACGACUCGAGUUUAUCAACUACGCCAUGGCCCUCUUCAUCUUCUCGAUCCGCUACGCCCAAGUGUUCUGGUCCUGCCAUAAGAAGUUCGCCAUCGUCCUCGGCCUUCACCAAAUCAUCAACAGUGCCCACACCCUCAUCUCCUUCUCCACGCUUAUCGUCCUCUACAAAGUUCACGUGGCGAGCGUCUACCAGAAGACGACCCCUUUCCUCCUUGACGCCCAAAUGACCCUGCUCAUCUUUGGGAUCGCUCUCACCGUCCUCUUCCUUUCGUCGUCUGUCCUCUAUUACCUCGGCUACUUGAAGUACACGGCCUUCCUGCAGGACAAGAUUUUCGAUAAGAGUCUCAACUAUUCGGACGACUCCUCCUUUUAUGGUGGAGGCUGGACUUACUUUCCACACAGUGCUGCCGUCUCGAUAGCCUUAGCCUUGGCAGCUGCACAAAGUCCCCUCGUUCACGAUGGCUUUGUCGUGUACCAGAUCUCCUCACAAAGUUUUCUCCUGGCCUUCCCCGUCAGCUCGGUGACUUAUUUCCUCCUCUGGGCCAUCCUCUGGCUCUUCCUCACUCUCGCGAAGGAUUGGAAGUUUAAUAUCACGGCCACCAUAAUCCAGCCAAUCCAUGACUUGGAGAACACCGGACUUCCCACCCAGAUCACAAUCGGUCUAAACGAGACUUCCACCAUGGGACCCUUUUCUCCCUCCUUGGUCGUCAUCAGCGAAGGGAAAGCUUUCUCCGUGGAGAAUGCUCACGAUCAAAAGUCCAUCUUGGCCCUCAUCCCCAAACAAUCUAACGACCAAAGUAGUGGUGGUGGUGAGCCCACCUACUGGAAAAAGACCGCCCCCACACCAACACCCAGCUGCCUCUCGUACAAGCAAAAAGACCACAGCAAGAUCAAGUACAUGCCAUGCAGGAAGGAAGUCACCUUCGACGAUGAACUAGUUUCACCCCGAUAUUACUCUCGACCUCCAAGCCGUGCCGAUAAGCAGGCAUCAUCACAGCGAAAUGGUGACAAUUCUUACAACAACAUGGAAGACUUUGACGCUGGUGAGUACGCCUACUUGUCCGGGUCGAGAAACAGUCAAGCGUUCAAAUCUCCCGUCCAGAGGUCAUCAAUCGCGUGUCGAGAGUCAUUAUACGGCCAACUGACACCUGCCAAGAUCAACUUCAUGGAACGGAAACAAGUCGUCGUCAGCCCGGUUUCUACCGUCGACUCGUCCAGCGGAGUGAGCUCGAUCAGUGCACAGUCUCAGAUGGGACCCCCGUCCACCUCCGCCUCCUGCAGCCAGUUUUCCGAAGGGGUCGGAUCCGAUCAUGACUCGAAUAGUCAAAUGACCAUUGCAGAACCUCGAGCUCAUUACGAACCUUUGAGAAUGCUGAGUCGUCGAAACAGUGUGAGAUCGUACAUCAGUUCGCAUCAAAAUCAGACUGCGGAGGAGGCUCAGCACUACCAGCGAGUCUUGAUGGACGAGGUGUACGGAAAGUUGAAGACCGGAAAACAAGUGUCGAGAUCAGAGUCGAUCUAUUCUGUGGGAAAUAAUAGACAGUCGAAUGGUAAUAAUGAUGUUAAUAAUGGUAAUCGAGAUAACAGAGAAGUUGUUCGCGUUCUUCAUAAUCGUUCCGUUUACGAGCACUAUUCCGACUUGGCCUCUCCUCGUUGCAACUUUGCCAGUAAUAAUCCUAAAUUUCAGUGUGAUAAUGGUAGUAAUGGACAAAACUUUACCAAUAAUUGUCAAGAAUCUGCUAGUUAUAGUAAUAAUAAGAAUAAUAAUUAUGAUCUCGAUGAUGACAUUGUUCCUCCAAUUCCACCACCGUUGCCAAUUUUAUCCUGCGUAGUAAGAAAAAGUCUGUCCAAUUCGGAUGAGAUUCAAGUCAUAUAAUUACUAUUUUCUCGCAUCAGUAUUAAUUCUUCGGCAGACUGAAUUUCACUCGCUAUAAAAUUCUAAUGAUUUAUUUAAGUUGUACAUUGCCGUGUAAAAAUACGUUGUAAAUUUAUAGACUAUUUUACCAUUUUAGAAAGACUGAUAUGUAAUGUGAAUUUUGUUCAUUCCAAGUAUUAAUGAUGUUGUAGUAUAUAUUAAGCAUUGAGUAUUUUAAGUGUGGUAUAUAUAAAUACCUGUAAAAGUAUUGUUAUUUUGAGAAGACUAAAAAGAACAGGAAAAUAAAAUGUUGAAACUAAUUAAUCUAA